CACUAUCAAUGAUUAUGAAGCGCUUAAAUAUGCUGUGCCCUGGACUAAAUGUUUGUGCGUUACUGUGGUUUUUAUUUAUUGAAACGGAAAAUAUUUCCAAAAAUUCACUGUCUGCCACGGUCUCGCGACCGCCUUUCGUAUUUCUGCUCAUGUGCACUUAUCGAGCACCGAAAGUUUUCUUCACGUGCGUUUAGAGGCAUUACUGCUUCCUUCCUAACUUUCGGACACACUGAAACAUCCGGAGUUGGCUAUUUGUGUGUGGAGCAGUCGAUAUACCCUGGAGCAAGUUCCGAAGCGAACAUGUACAACUAUGUACAGUAUGAAUUUUAGGAGCACGAAGUUCGGCAGGUUCAUGAACAACCGGGUCCCAUCUAGCAAGAGAUACCAGCCAACUGAGUACGAACAUGCAGCCAACUGUGCCACCCAUGGAUAAUCCAAUUUGCAAACUGGACAUACAUCAAGAAGGACUUGGGUUCUGGAUCAUUCCUAGCAUCAUGGGCAGUUCGGUGUUGUACUUUCUAUCUGAUGACCAGUGGGAGACCAUCUCUGCAUGGAUGUAUGGUACAGGUCUGUCUGGGCUCUUCAUCAUGUCCACCAUGUUCCAUACUGUGUCCUGGAAGAAAAGUCACCACAGGAAGGUGGAGCAGCGAUUUCACAUGUGUGAUAGGAUGGUGAUCUAUUUCUUCAUAGCUGCAUCUUAUGCACCCUGGCUGAACCUGAGGGAGCUUGGACCCUGGGCGAUUCACAUGCGCUGGUUGGUGUGGAUAAUGGCCUGUGCUGGCUCAGCCUAUGUCUUCUUCUUUCAUGAAAAGAACAAAAUCCUAGACUUACUGUGCUACACUGCCAUGGGAGCUGUGCCUGCAAUUGUUCUUCUGUCAAUGCCUAACAGGGAGGGCAUAUUAGAGCUGUCAGUGGGCGGAGUCUUCUACUGCCUGGGAAUUGUCUUCUUCAAGAGCGAUGGCCUUGUCCCAUUCGCUCAUGCCAUCUGGCACGUCUUUGUGGCAGUGGGAGCUGGCAUACACUAUUACGCCAUCUGGAGGUACUUGUAUGCACCGGGCACCAACCAAAUCCUAAUAUCCAGGUGAUGGAUCUAGAAGACCUGAUCUAUAAC